AUGGAAGCACAGAGUGUUCAUGAUGUCUGGUUGGAGGUUGAGAAUCCCGAGACAGCAUCUGUCCUGGGCGUCUUGCAAUCCAGUAAGGAGGGGGGAUACAUAAAUACCUGUGCACUGGUCCAUUUCACAGAGUUUUUGGACCCAUUCCAGAGGGUCAUCCAGCCAGAAGAGAUCUGGCUCUACAAAAAUCCUUUGGUGCAAUCAGACAACAUACCUACCCGCCUCAUGUUUGCAAUUUCUUUCCUCACACCCCUGGCUGUUAUUUGUGUGGUGAAAAUUAUCCGGCGAACAGACAAGACUGAAAUUAAGGAAGCCUUCUUAGCAGUAUCCUUGGCUCUUGCUUUGAAUGGAGUCUGCACAAACACUAUUAAGUUGAUAGUGGGAAGACCUCGCCCCGAUUUCUUUUACCGCUGCUUUCCAGAUGGAGUGAUGAACUCGGAAAUGCACUGCACGGGUGACCCCGACCUGGUGUCCGAGGGCCGCAAAAGCUUCCCCAGCAUCCAUUCCUCCUUUGCCUUUUCUGGCCUUGGCUUCACGACGUUCUACUUGGCUGGCAAGCUGCACUGCUUCACUGAGAGCGGGCGGGGGAAGAGCUGGCGGCUCUGUGCCGCCAUCUUGCCCCUAUACUGCGCCAUGAUGAUUGCCCUGUCCCGCAUGUGUGACUACAAGCAUCACUGGCAAGAUUCGUUUGUGGGUGGAGUCAUUGGCCUCAUUUUUGCGUACAUUUGCUACAGACAGCACUACCCCCCUCUGGCCAACACAGCUUGUCACAAACCGUACGUCAGCCUCCGAGUCCCGACGUCGCUGAAGAAGGAUGAGCGGCCCACAGGGGACAGCGCGCCCAGCAUGCCUCUGGAGGGCAUCACCGAAGGCCCCGUAUGA